CCUGCCGUCUCUGAGCAGAGUCAGCGUUCCCAGCCUGGAAGCCUCGGCUGGUGGAACUGCUGUCAGGAGGGAAAGACAAAACUACAGCGCUGACUGUAGCUUUGUCUUUUAGUUCAGUUUCGGGGUUCCUUCAAGGCUCGACUUUUCUCCCUUUUUGGAUUUCGUGACAAAAAUUGGAUAAAGAGAUUUCUUUUCGUCCUGAAGACAGCCCGACUGGGCAUCCCAGGCAUCCUUGUGCAGACAAGGUGCCGACCAACAUGUCCACACAGGCGCCGACGUUCACGCAGCCGUUGCAGAGCGUCGUGGCACUAGAGGGUAGUGCCGCGACGUUCCAGGCUCAAGUUAGUGGUUCUCCAGUUCCCGAGGUGAGCUGGUUUCGUGAUGGCCAGGUUCUCUCUUCCGCCGCUCUGCCCGGCGUGCAGAUCUCGUUCAGCGACGGCCGCGCUGUUCUGACGAUCCCCGCCGUGACCGCCGCACACAGCGGGAGGUUCUCCGUCAGAGCCACCAACGGAGCCGGGCAGGCCACCAGCACGGCCGAACUGCUGGUCACAGGUCAGACGCACACAGACACACAACUCACACAGACAGACACACAACUCACACUAACACAGGUCAGACGCAUACAGACACACAACUAG